GUCGUUGGACUCCCUAGCUUCCCGAAAAUAGUAUUUCCAUCCAAUGUUUUGAGUCGUAGUUUCAGUUGAUAAAUAUAUUCUCGUCUCGGAUUUACUGGCAGUCUGGAUAGUUUCAGACCCAGUCCAGCAGAUAUAUUUAUCAUGUAAUUUUUCGUUUUACUAUCAGUUCGGAAGCCGAACAUUAUAGAAAACGAGCUCCACCUUAAGCAAAUUUUUCUUAGGAUUACUAGUUCUGGUGUUGAUCGGUUCUAGGCCAGGAGAAAUUGCUUAAGCCCACUAUCUUACCUAAGUGGAAUCGAGAUUUGCUCUUGCUGGAUAGUUUCGGCAAGUUCCUCUUUCACUGGGUGAGACAUCACACAAUUUUAUUUCCAUAGUAAAUCAGUUUCCACAUACAGUUUAUAUUAUCCAUCGAUGUUAAAUUCCUGCUUAUGCUGCCUUCCAAACAUAAGUCCCUCAAUUAUCGUCAGUUUUAUCGUUUACCGUUAGAUUUAUCGCUUAUCGUUUGACUUAUCGCUUACCGUCAGACUUAUCGUUUAUCGCCAAAUUUAUCGCUUAUCGUCAGAAUUAUCGCUUAUCGUCAGACUUAUCGCUUACCGUCAGUUUUAUCGCCUACCGUCAGUUUUAUCGCUUAUCGUCAGACUUAUCGCUUACCGUCAAAUUUACCGUUUAUCGCCUAUUUCAUUUGUAAGAAUCUUUUAGAAAGUUCUAGAAUAUUAGAAUGCCUUUAGUACGUAGUACAGAAAAUUUGGUCUCACUUGAAAGUGAGGAAGAGAUAGGGAUUUGUCUCAUUUGCAAUGUCACAAUUGCUUCAGCAGACCUGCACGAAACAGGCUGCAAACAUUCUUUUCAUGUAGCAUGUAUACAAAAUUGGCUACGAACCGAUUCCAAUUGUCCCACUUGUUCCAAAUCUAUUGGAUCUCAGAGCGAUCCAGGCGCGAGCUCGAACAGUCACAGAAUGACAACUAGAUCGAAUUCACGCGCGCUCAUGGCAAACGCUAAUGCAAAUCAACAGGACUCUCAGUCGAUUCCUCAACAACGAACGGAACAAGUAACUUCUCAGAACUCAUCAGACGUAGACGAAAGUCGAAUUCAGCAGUUAAUCUCUCGUGCAUUUGAGAGAUUUCAUGCACAACUUUCAAUGGACAUAACCAAUCAGAUCACUGAUGCUUUUCAGCAACUAAAUGAAUCUACAAUGGGUGCAAGCAAUCAGCGUGUCGGCCAUCAGGUCCAAAGAAAUAAUUCAGCUCAUGCAGCUCAUCCAAGCAACCCGGUUGGCUCGGAAGGAACUCUGACAAGUGGUCGAAGCGGCCGCAGCCCACACAGCGAUCUAUCAAUCGAUCGUCCAGACAAGAUCUCAAACACUAUUUCGAACUGGCGCAUCAAGUUCAGUGACUCGCCAAGCGAUAUAACUAUCGAAUGUGAAAACAAUGAUGAAGAACACUCCGUCGAUGAUAACUCAACAGUUGACGAAGUCCGUGCCAUCAAGGUGGCAGAAAAGCUAACCUGCUGGAAUUGUGACGCCAAGGGUCACAGGUACCAUGAUUGUCGUAAACCUCGCCGCAUCUUCUGUUAUGGUUGCGGUACACCAGAUACGUACAAACCCGACUGUGCCAAAUGCGCAUCAGCUUCGGAAAACUCCAAAGCGGAUGUCCGUCUAGUCUCGAAAAGGGACAUCCGACACUAACCACGAAUGCUAAAGAGCCGGUAAAGGUGUUGCAAUCAGCUGAUUCUUCAGUGUCACCACCAGUUACAUCGGACAUAUCACCUCCCAGACAUUUCAUGCUAAGGACAUCUGGUGAUUGCAUUUGGACCCUUUCUUCAGUUUCUAUUUUAAUCGCAGGGACUAAAAUAGAAUCUGUGGUUAUGAGGGUCGUGUCAAAAUAAUAUUCAGCAAUGACCUUUACCACACGAUAAUACCAUCUUGCAAGGGUCGAGUCUAAAUUGCAUUCAGUAAUGACCUUUACCACAUGACAAAAUCGCCAAUCGAUUGAUCGCGUUAAGCUUUUUUUGGCAUUAUGGCAUUUUGCAGGACGCUCGUAUACGUCCACUCUCUCUCUUUUCUUCUGAUCGCCGAACGAAACGGACAUCUCUCGCAGUGAUUAAAUCUUAAAACUUCAAAAAGUGAAUAUUAAAUAUUUGAAUUGUUUGUACUGCAACAAGAGAGACCCGAUUAACCCCAACUGGGAAAACCUUCAGCCGAUCCCACGAUCUGUGACGUGUAGAAAAGUGAAGUCAAGGAAUUUGGGAAUUCCCGGAAUUUUGCGAAUUCUAGGAAUCGGUGAAUUCGAGGAAACUGCUUCUGUCAACGGGCGGAAUUCCAAGAACGCCGGAGACGCCGAAUUUGAGGAGGGACUUCUCCAGACGCCUGGCGCGUCACAUCGUCGCCAUACUUAGGCGAUCGCAUACAAGCACAACGCUGCACACGCGUGAUCGUAUACACGCACAUAGCUGCACACGCGCGAUCGCACACGCACAUCGCUGCACGAGGGCGAAAGCACGCACAUCGCCGCGUGAAGGCGAAGGCGCCAUCUUGCAUCCGCGCUCGUGCGAAAGCGCACACACUCAUCGUGAUCAGAACGCACAUCCGCGCGCCCAAGGCGCCAUCUUGCAUCUGCGCACACAAGCGCAAACGCCUGCUGCGCACACAAGCGCAAACGCCUUCGGCUCACAAGAACGCCGCAUACAGGCGAACGUCGACGACGAUCGACACGAUCGUUCGGGCCCGCCUGGAUCUCUAAUUGGAACUUUUUGUAUCGUAUACAUAAAUUUUAUUUUGCUACUUUAAACUCGUAAAACAUGUACUUAUAAACCUCUUCGACCCCGUUAUAGUUUUAUGGUGCAGCAGUAGAGGAUUAUAUAUUCGCCUUUUUCUUUCAUAAAACAGCAACCACAACAACACCGUCAACAGGCCUGCUGACUUCGUUGGAAUUGUCGUGAGUACGGCAUAGCCGUGUAAUCUCUUGUAUUUUCGUAUAUUUUUGGCCAUAUAUAUAUAUUUCCUAUUGCUUGCAACCCUUGAAUAAAUUUAUGGAGUAAAUGUGAGAAAUCAUUUAAAGUUAGGAACCCUUCUAAUUUUGAUACCUUUCCUUUUCUUUUCGAAGUUAUAAACAAACACAUAUCGAUAGGUGAUAAGCUUUUCUUAAAUAUUGUUAAUUAGAUUUAAGGUUAGGUUAAAAUUCCAACAUGUAUAUUAUCGCUUUUCUUUCGUUUUCUUUAUAAUUAUAUUAUAUUAACCAUGAAUUAAAAGUAGUAUUCUUGGAGGGCAAAGUUUUGGAAAUGUAGCAUAGCAGUUGAUAAAGGGGUGGAAUCUUCUCAGAUUCUACUGGUAGGGUGGGUAUAGAGGAGGCCAUCACCAUCUGGUCCUCCAACAUCGAUGGAUACCUUUAUUUUUCGUCCGAUUCAUAGCCGUUUGGUGUAUGAUCAGUUUUGGCCUUUUGUUUAUCUCUGUCUACUAUUUAAUUCUGUAGCACCCCUGUUCUCUCUUAACACAAACCCACGCCACCUACCCUGAGCAGGCCGGACAAAAUGUAGACAGAGCGUGUUGGGAGUGAGCAGCACUUGUGUGUGUGUUCGUU